CAACCACUAGUUGAUGAUGCUUAGUUUCUGUACACAGAACGCCUGAAAACGUGGCAAAUGUCAAACUUUGGAAGUGAAAUUAGACGGGAAUGACCAAAUCGCCUCAAUCAAAUAUAAGUGGAGGGGGAGACCUUUGAUGUCCACUUUACAUCUCAGAAUCGUAGAACAAUGCUUGCCUCCGAAGCACCACCACAAGUGGUCAUGUCUGGGCAAGUGGUCGUUUCGCCAUCCAAAACCAAGACCGCCCGCGAUGACUGCCUGAAGAUCAUGGACCCGUCCAGGAAGAAGCUGGUGUCCCUGGAGACACAGCGCAUCGCCGGCAUCCUGGAGGCCUGCAUCCAGAAGGUGGAGAUGAUCUCCCUGCUGCCGGCUGUUAUGACCAACAAAGGCCUGAGUCACGUUGCGGCUGACGACGGGCUGAGAACGAUGAUGGAGAAUCACAUCGAGGUCAGCGACCGGUACGAGUACCUCCGUGCCCUGACAGCAAAGCCAGAGAACCAGACGCCGUCAACACUCAAGGGGAAGGCGGACGCAGCGGACAGUGUCCACUGCUCCAUCCAACACUUGUUCCGGAGGAACCAGGCCUGCCCCUUGGUCAACCGGACACUGGGCUUCCUGAUGGGCAUGCUGGAGGCAGGCUCGCACGAGGAGAGCACCGGGGCGCUGGCCAAGGGCCUGGUGGAGCUGCGCUCGGUGCUGCUGGAGCGUCUGCUCACCACGCCCAUGGAGGAGAAGGAGCGCAUGUGCCGCAUGCAGGAGACCUCGCAGCGCUACCAUAGCAACCUGGAGCUGGUGUCCAGCCUGGAGGCCGAGGUGGCGGCUUCCAUCAAGGACAAGGACGAUGCGAUCUUUGAGAAGAACCUGACCAUCCGCCGCCUGAAGAACUCACUGCACCAGAUGGAGAAGAUCUCGGAGGACUUUGUGUCGCGGACGCGCCAGGAUGCCGAGAAGCAGAAUCAGGCCGAGCAGAACGCCUCCUUCGGCCGCCAGCAGCGCAUGAACCAGGAGGUCAACCUGCUGAAGGCCCAGCUGAUCAGUCUCAUCACAGACAACCGCGACGUGGAGAUGACCAUGCGCAAGAAAAAAUACAAAGUGGAGACAGAGAUCGAGAAUUGGAUUCAGAAGUAUGACGCGGACAUGGGUGAAAAACAGGUGGAGCUGGAGGAGUUGGAGCGUGUGUUUGAGGAGGAGAAGGAGGAGCUGAGGGAGUUGGAGGAACACUACAGCGUCCUGGAGGAGGAGUACCUACAGGUGAUGGAGGAGCAGCGUCUGGCCCUGGAGAGGCAGGAGGAGGAGGAGAGGGCCCAGGAGGUGAUGGGCCGCGCUGCCAUCGUCAUCCAGGCCCACUGGAGGGGCUACUGCGUACGCAAGGCCAUGAAGGCCAAAGCCAAGGCCAAGGGCGGCAAGAAGGGCAAAGGGGGCAAGGGCAAGAAGAAGUAGCAAUACUAAUGGAUG